CCUGUCCAACCAUGAACGGCAAACUCGUGGCUGUCCUGGCUCUUUUCCUGAUUUCAGCAGCUCUGUCUGAAGGUAGGGCCCUGGCAAGGAUGGGAACUGAGCUCCGGUGCCAGUGCAUAGCCACUCACUCGAAGUUCAUCCCUCCUAAAUCCAUCCAAGAUGUGAAGCUGACGCAGAGUGGCCCCCACUGCAAGAAUGUUGAAGUCAUAGCUACUCUGAAGGAUGGCAGAGAGGUGUGCUUGGAGCCCACUGCUCCCUGGGUACAGCUGAUCAUAAAGGCAAUUUUGGCCAAGGCUCAGCUCAACUCUGACUCGCCGGUGUAA